UAAUGGUUAAUAAUCGCUUUCCGUGCGGCGCAAACAAAAAUCAACUACCACACGCUCAGGUGACAAGGCUUCACGCGAUCGAUAUUUUGCACUUUUGUCGCACGCGAUUCUCGUUCCCCAGUUUCGUAUUGACCGUAAUCGUUCUCGUCCGGUGAUCUACGCGAUCCGCAAGGCCAGCUGUACGCCAUCGGUCGAGUGAGAACGGAUCAUUGGAUUGUCAACAGUAGUGCCCGUGACGAGCAAGUACCGAACACGAUGUGCGAUUUCAAUGUAAAGGAAGAAAACACGUCCGAAAUGAGCGAGAUUAAAACCGAGGGAGACGUUGACCCUAAGGCAUUGGACGACAUGAACCAACACAUUCAAAAUGUCCUGCAACAAAUGAGAGACAAAUUCCAAACAAUGUCUGAACAAAUAUUGACAAAAAUAGACGAUAUGGGUACACGUAUUGAUGAUUUGGAGAAGAACAUUACUGACUUGAUGAAUCAUGCUGGUCUAGAGACUCCAGAUAAAUGAUAUUUACAAUACUAUCAUAUUACACGAAAUGAAUAGGUCCAUACUUUGAAUAAUUUAUUGAUUUUAUUACGGCCUAUAAACAAUAUAAAACAAGGUAAAUUUAAAUGUGUCAUAGUUUAUAAAUGUCUCAAUUGUAUGUGUACUUUUUAUGUAUAGUCUAGCUGUCUUCCGUUAAACUCAUUAAUUCUUAAAACUAUACACACCAAUAAAACAUUUUUUACCUUAAA